CUCUCGACUCUAAUGGUAGGCGGCAACACAAAGAAGGAAACGAGGCGAAGCACAAAAUCUUGAGAGGCUGGGAAAUACUAAAUAGGUCAGAAAAUUCUAAGUAGGUCAUCCAUCAUAUCAUCUCCACCACCACCAGCGCAGCCGUCGCCGUCCUUAGUAGUUGUAAAAGAAUCAGUUUGAGAUGGUGAAGUCAUACCUAAGAUAUGAACCAGCUGCAUCAUUUGGAGUAGUAGCAUCAAAUGAUUCAAAUAUUAGUUAUGAUAGUAGUGGUAAACAUCUUUUAUCACCAGCUCUUGAAAAAGUUGGUGUUUGGAAUGUUAGACAAGGGGUUUGUGCUAAAACCCUUGCUUUAUUAUCUACUUCUUCUCGCGGCGGUCCUUCUCUUGCUGUUACUUCUAUUGCUUCAACCACUACUUCUCAGGUAGCUGUUGGUUAUGCAGAUGGGAGUGUAAGAAUAUGGGAUUGUAAUACUGGAACUUGUGAGACUACAUUGAUUGGUCAUAAAGGUGCAGUUAGUGCACUUAGGUACGACAAUCCUGGGUCUAAUCUUGCUUCUGGAGGUAAAGAUAAUGAUAUUGUUUUGUGGGAUGUUGUUGGUGAUGAGACGACUGGACGCUUUCGUCUUCUGGGUCAUCGUGAUCAGGUUACAGAUGUUGUUUUCUUGGAUAAUGAUAAAAAGCUUGUCAGUUCAUCCAAGGACAAAUUUAUGAGGUUAUGGGAUCUUGAGACAAAAUAUUGUAUGCAAAUAAUUAGUGGUCAUCAUAGUGAGAUUUGGUCAAUUGAUGUUGAUUCGGAAGAAAGAUAUUUGGUCACUGGAUCAGCAGACCCAGAAGUUCGUAUUUAUACAAUUAAGCAUGAGUCAGCUGAUGAGUUGCAGGGAAGUGAAAACUCUGGCGCUGAAAGCAAAUGGGAAGUAUUGAAGCUCUUUGGCGAAAUUCAGCCACAAAACAAGGAUAGGGUAGGAACUGUAAGAUUUAAUAAGUCGGGAGAUUUACUUGCUUGUCAAGCUGCAGGGAAGAUGGUAGAGAUAUUCCGGGUUUUGGAUGAAGCUGAAGCCAAACGCAAGGCUAAAAGGAGAGUUCAUCGUAAGAAAGAGAAGAAGGGAAAAUCAGCUACUGAGUCGGCUGAAAAUGGAGAAACUGUUUCCUUACAUGGGGAGGAGAGCGCAGCUCUUGUUGUUACCGUUACCGAUGUAUUUAAGCUUUUGCAGACAUUGCGUACUAGCAAGAAGAUUUGCUCCAUUUCUUUCUCCCCGGUCAAACCAAAGAGUGGACUGGCAACAUUAGCACUUUCCCUAAAUAAUAAUCUGUUAGAGGUACAUUCUAUUGAAACUGAAACCACGACAAAGACAUAUUCUGUUGAACUUCCUGGGCACCGAUCUGAUGUUAGAAGUGUUAUACUGAGCUCAGACAAUACUCUAUUAAUGUCAACUAGUCACAAUGCCAUAAAGAUUUGGAACCCAAGCACUGGUUCUUGCCUCCGAACAAUUGACUCUGGGUACGGCCUCUGUGGUUCAUUUGUUCCUGGCAACAGGUUUGCUCUUGUUGGAACCAAGGAAGGUAAGUUGGAAAUUAUAGAUGUCGGGAGUGGUACUUGCAUAGAAGUAGUAGAAGCUCAUGGUGGUUCUGUCCGGUCAAUUGCAACACUUCCAGAUGGAAGCGGGUUUGUGACGGGAAGUGCAGAUCACGAUGUUAAGUUCUGGGAAUAUGUGCUUACGCAGAAACCCGACCAAGGUUCUAAACACCUUUCCGUGAUCAAUGUCGACACUUUGAAAAUGAACGAUGAUGCCCUGUGGGUUGCUAUUAGUCCUGAUUCUAAAUAUAUUGCAGUCGCCCUGUUGGAUUGCACAAUCAAGGUCUAUUUUAUGGAUUCCCACAAAAUUUUUCUUUCCCUUUACGGCCACAAACUGCCUGUUCUCUGUAUGGAUAUUUCAUCGGACAAUGCUUUGAUGGUUAGCGGUUCUGCAGACAAAAAUCUUAAAAUUUGGGGUUUGGAUUUUGGUGAUUGUCACAAAUCAAUUUUUGCUCAUGCUGACAGUGUUAUGGCAGUGAAUUUUGUUGACAACACCCAUUAUAUGUUUAGCGUGGGGAAAGAUCGUGUUGUAAAAUAUUGGGACGCUGAUAAGUUCGAGCUACUUUUAACUCUUGAGGGUCAUCAUGCAGAGAUUUGGUGUCUCGCAGUUAGCAGUCGUGGCGAUUUUAUAGUCACUGGAUCUCAUGAUCGAUCUAUACGGCGGUGGGAUCGUACUGAAGAGCCCUUCUUUAUUGAGGAAGAGAAAGAAAAAAGGUUGGAUGAGAUGUUUGAAGCUGACGUUGAUAAUUCAUUUGAGAGUAGGUAUGCACUUAAAGCAGAGGUUCCGGAAGACAGAGUUGUGGGUGUGGCAGGGAAGAAGACUAAAGAAACACUAACUGCAACUGACACAAUAAUUGAUGCUCUAGACAUAGCGGAAGUAGAGUUACAACGCAUGGAUGAGCACAAGGCAGAGAAAGCAGGUGGAAAGUUUCAGCCAAAUAUUAUAAUGCUUGGACUCUCGCCACCUGACUACGUUCUCCGUUCACUUUCCAAUGUUCCCACAAAUGACCUGGAGCAAACUCUAUUGGCCUUACCCUUCUCAGAUGCCUUGAAGCUGCUGGUUUACCUGAAGGACUGGGCUUCCAGACCUGAUAAGGUGGAGCUGGUUAGUCGAGUUAAUACAGUGCUCUUGCAGACACAUCACAAUCAAUUAAUUUCCACUCCGGCUGCUAGACCAAUCAUGACAAGCCUCAGUGACGUUCUAUAUCCAACUGUAAAGCAAUUUAAGGAAGUCCUUGGUUUCAACCUUGCUGCAUUGGAUCAUAUAAAGCAAAUUAUGUCUUCAAGGUCAGAUGCCCCCUUCCGAGAUGCUAAGAAAAAGUUAUUAGAAAUCCGCUCACACCAAACGAAGCGUCUGGCAGCCAGAACUCCUGCAAAAGAAGAAAGGCAGAAGAAGAAGAAGCAGAAGUCCUCAGGUGCAGGAGCUUGGUCUGGUCAGUAGAAGGCAGCUGCAAAUCAGGAAAUGACUUUAUGAUAAUCUAUCUCCAAUAUUGACUAAUCAAAGACGGAUGCUGAGCCCCAUAGAGAUCCUCAACAAGCGAUGAAAGAUGCUUAAUUGAUUGCUACACCAUCUGUCCAACAAGUUUACUCAUGGCAUCUGAGCGACCAUGCAUCUAGUUUGUAGAUUAAAACAACCAUGUUUUCGAAUGAGUUGAUAAGACUGUUAUUCUUGGCUAUAAGCCUCCCAUGAGUUCUUUAGAAAGUAUUCCAAGCUGAAAUACAUUAGAUAUUGUGCGACAACUCUCUCUCUCUCUCUCUCUCUCUCUCUCGAUGAUGAUGUGGGUUUUCAAUGUGGCCAUACAAGUAUAAUCUACUAUUAUUCUUUGAAGGUGUGUGAUUUAUACCCAUAUAUUGCUACUUCGUGUUCAA